AUGCUUGCAAGGUCUGUCCUGAGGGCCUGCGGGCCUAUGCGCCAGAGCAUCCGCGGCUACGCCUCGGAAGCACAAGCCCCGAAGUCCUCGUCAACGCCGUAUAUCGUGGGCGCCGCCGCCAUCGGCACAGGUAUUCUCGGCUACACCUUCGCAGGCUCGUCCAGCAAGACGUCCAAAUCGGACGGACCGCCCUCGCAGUCGACCGACGACCAGAAGAACAUCAACAAGGCCAAGGAAGAAGCUCCGGGCAAGACCUUCACCGGCGGAGAGCAAGGGUUCGUCGAUCUGAAGCUCAAGGAGAUCAUCCCCUACAACCACAAUACGAAGCGUUUCAAGUUUGCAUUGCCCGAGGAGGAGCACGUUUCGGGGCUGAAUGUCGCUUAUGCGCGCGGCUACCUCGAACUCCUCGUCAAAGUCUACCCCAAGGGCCCCAUGUCGGAACACAUCCACAGCCUGAAAGAAGGCGACACGCUCAGCUUCAAGGGCCCCAUCCCGAAAUACCCCUGGUCGCCCAACAAGCACAGCCACAUCACGUUGAUUUCAGGCGGCACGGGAAUUACGCCCAUGUACCAGCUCAUCCGCACGAUCGCCAAGAACCCCGAGGAUAAAACCAAAGUGUCGCUCGUCUUCGGCAACAUCAAGGAGGAAGACAUCCUGCUCAAGAAGGAACUCUCGGACCUGGAGAACGAGUUCCCCCAGCGGUUCCGCGUGUUUUACACGCUGGAUAACCCGCCCGAGUCGUGGCCCUACGGUAAAGGCUUCAUCAACAAGGAACUACUCAAAGAAGUGAUCCCGGACCCCAAGACAGAGAAUAUCAAGAUCUUCGUCUGUGGGCCGCCGGGCUUGUACAAGGCCGUGAGCGGGCCCAAGGUCAGUCCCCAGGACCAGGGCGAGUUGGCGGGCAUUUUGAAGGAGCUGGGGUACACCAAGGAGCAGGUGUUUAAGUUCUGA